GCCCUACAGGCUCCUCCACCACACAUUGCUACCAGCCACCAGCCCGCCCCACCAGCUGCCACCAUGCUGACUGCCGAGGACAAGAAGCUCAUCCAGCAGGCCUGGGAGAAGGCAUCUUCCCACCAGGAGGACUUCGGAGCUGAGGCUCUGCUUAGGAUGUUCACCGCCUACCCACAGACCAAGACGUACUUCCCACACUUCGAUCUCUCACCCGGCUCUGAUCAAAUCCGUGGCCAUGGCAAGAAGGUGUUGGCUGCCCUGGGCAACGCCGUGAAGAACAUUGACAACCUCAGCCAGGCCAUGUCUGAGCUCAGCAACCUGCAUGCCUACAACCUGCGUGUUGAUCCUGUCAACUUCAAGUUGUUGUCGCAGUGCAUCCAGGUGGUGCUGGCUGCACACAUGGGCAAAGACUACAGCCCUGAGGUGCAUGCUGCCUUCGACAAGUUCCUGUCUGCCGUGGCUGCUGUGCUGGCUGAGAAGUACAGAUGAGCCACCAUCUACAACUUCAAGUCUUCAAUAAAGACACCAUUGCUGCA